AUGGAGUUACCAGACAUAAACCAGUUGUUAGAUGAAAAUGAGUUUGAUGAUGAAGCGUCGGAGGAAAGAGGUCUUGUUCCCUUCGAGACUGAGACUAGCGAGGCAGUAUAUUCUCAGACGGAGACUAGCGAGGCAGUUGAAGGUCCUGAUCCUAUAGAAACUGAGACAAGCAAGUCGGUUGUUGAUCCUGAUCCCAUAGAGACCGUGGCAGUUGACUCUCAGACCGAGACUAGUGUUGAAACUGAUCCUGCAACAUCUAGUGGAAAACGGGGGGAAAAGAGACCUUGGACAAAAAGUGCUGAGGAAUUUUUGAGAAGAGCUUUCAAAAGUUACCUCACCAGAAAAGCAGCUAGUGUCCACAAUACAGACAUAAUCAUGGCUCAAAACACAUGUGCCGAAUUAUCUGAAAGAUCAAAGGCUCAAAUAAGGUCCAAGUUAACCAACAUGAAGUUGGGGAAAUCAAAAUAA